ACGAGCUCUACGACGCACGCUUCCCUCAAUCAAAAAAAGAAAAAGAAAAACCUAACGCACGGAGGCUGAACGCACGCACGCACUCCGGCGCCGCCUCCCCGUUCCCGGCCUCCCCCCCGCGCUCAGUGGCCGUGCCCCUUGCAUCCUGGCCGUGCUGCACUGCUUCUGCGUUGCGCCGUGCGCCCCUGCUGGCUCCGGCCAGCCGGCCUUCCCCCGCGGCGGCGACGAGCAGAGCAGCCGACGAGGCGACGAAGGACUCUUCCGCUGCGCCCCGGGCCCGUGAUUCUGCCGCCGCCGGCUCUGUGUGACCUGCCGCUGGCUACUGCCGCCGCCGCGCCCUUAGUCUCGCUGAAAAUAAAUUUGGCCCGGGGUUUGCUUCAAUCCUGACAACGCCACUGGCCAUUCCUACAGUGCCGGCGACGAGCGGCAGAGCAGGAGGAGGCGCCCGGCGAUUCGGAUGAGAUGAACUGCACUGGAAAUUUUCAGUCCCAUACUGCUAACUGACCAGGGAAAUGACUGGUCUGUGAACUUCGGCUCAAUAGAGUUGAGAGCCACUAAUAAGCCAUCAAAGAAGUGGGCAAGCAUUUUUAGAAAAGAGAGCAAAUGCGCACAACUUAAGGGAAUAUGGGUCUCCUUUUGGCGAAAGCAUCAAUUCCCCCAGUAGUCUCUUAAUCAGUUCGGAUGCUACUGUACGUGAAGGAUGUUCGUUCUGAGCCAGAUUGAGCACAACCUGCCGAUGCCUCCGCACUUGCUGAAUCGCCCUCUUGUCGACGCCAUCAAGGCCGAGCUCGAGAGGCUCUUCCUGGAUAAGGUGGUUGCAAAUCUCGGGCUCUGCGUGUCCGUCUAUGACAUCCUUUCCGUUGAAGGCGGAUUCAUCUUUCCAGGAGAGAGCUGCUCGACGUAUAAAGUUUUCUUUAGGUUAUUGAUGUUCAGGCCCUUUCUUGGGGAGGUUAUUGUUGGGAAAAUCAGUGGAUAUGAUGAGGAGGGUUUACAAGAAUUCAUAGUCGCUCCAGCAUGUCUCGUCCAAGAUGGUGUCGGGGCUUCUGUUGGGGUUCAUGUGCACUGUGCCGUACGAAGAAGUGUAAACAAGGCGGCGGAUGCCCAUGUCCGCCGCCGCGUUCACCACGUUUCUGGUUCCCUCCACGGCGACUGGCAUGAGUUCCUACACAGAGCCCCGCGGCCGAGAACAGGCAGCUAGCAUUAAUUAUGUAUAUGAUAAUUACGUAUAUAUGCUGCAAAAUAGCAAGUGAACUGACAACAUCGUUGGACACUGGAGAGGC